AUCACAAUUGCCACAUCCUUCAUCACAAACUCACCCACCUCAUCCUUCACAGGCUCACCCAGUUCCACAUCAUCCUUCAUCUCAGCCCAAAUCUACACAUCCAUCGCAGGUUCCUACACCGCAAACUCACACGCCAAUGCCACCCCAUGCUCAUCCUCCUCACUCUUCACACUCCCAUCCAUCUCAUCCUUCUCAGCAACCUCACCCACCCCCUGCCCAUCCAUCUCAUCCUCCCUCAGCCCAUCCACCUCAUCCAUCCCCUGCCCCACCCACAGCCUCAGCCCCAGCUUCAGCUUCGGCCUCAUCUCAUCCACCUCACCCACCCUCGACCCAUCCAUCUCAUCCAACUUCAGCCCAUCCAUCUCAUCCACCUUCAGCCCAUCCAUCUCACCCACCCUCAACUCAUCCAUCUCACCCGACCCUCAACUCAUCCAUCUCAUCCACCCUCGACCCAUCCAUCUCACCCACCCUCAACUCAUCCACCUCACCCACCUUCAGCCCAUCCAUCUCACCCACCCUCAACUCAUCCACCUCACCCACCUUCAGCCCAUCCAUCUCACCCACCCUCGACCCAUCCAUCUCAUCCACCCUCGACCCAUCCACCUCACCCACCCUCAGCCCAUCCGCCUCCCGCCUCAGCACCAGCUCAUCCACCUCACACACCCCAAAUCCAUCCCCUUCACCCACCCCAAGCCCAUCCACCUCACCCAUCUUCAGUCCAUCCAUCUCACCCACCACAAGCCCAUCCACCACAUCCACCACAGCAAACCCAUCCACCACAUCCUUCACAGGCCCAUCCUCUACAUCCAUUGCAGACCCACACUCACACUACUCCCACAUCACCAUCCUAUCCACCACAGAGCCAGCCACCUCAUCCAGCCCAGACUCAGCCACCUCACCAAGCACAGUCCCAAGCACCUCACCCAACACAAGCACAACCACCGCAUUCAUCACAAGCUCAACCACGAUCAUCGCCAGUCCAUCCACCUCACACUUCACAGGCUCAAUCGCAUCCACCACAGAAUCCCUCCCCGCAAUCAAGUCAGGCCCAUCCCAAGCCAAACCAGCCGCCACUGCCACAACCACAACAAUCACAGGUUCAUCCCCCACAUCCAUCCCAGGUUUAUCCAUCGCAUCCCUAUCCACCACAUGGACAUACCCCUCAUGUUCAUCCAGCCCAUGUUGGCACUUCCCAGUCUCAUCAGGCCCAUCUCUCUCAGACACGUCACAUACAGGGGCACAUUCAGCCACAUUCUCCAAGGGGACUGCCUUCCCAGAGUCAAACGCAACCACAUCCGCAGUCUCACUCUCCCAGGGGUUACCCCUCUCAGUCUCUCUCACCACGAGGCCAUGCAUCGCAGCCUCACCCAACUUCAGGGCAUCCACACGCAUAUCCUACUCAAGAAUAUGCUCCUCCUGCACAUCCUUCCCAAGACAGUUCCUUGCAAGCUUAUCCAAUGCAUGGCCAUUCAUCACAGUCUCAUCCCCUUAUGCGGCUACCGUACCCACCUUCGGUUAGACAGCCACAGUCUCUACACACUCAUCAAAGCCCAGAUUCUUAUGCUUUGCAUCCUCAUGUACCUCAUCCUACCCCAGGUCAUCAUACAGAUUCCUCGCAACCACAUACUCACCCUGGGUAUCCUCCUCAUGGACAUCAUCCAUAUUAUCCUCCUCACCAGCAGUACCCUCAUCACCCUAUCAAAACAGAAAACAUGGCAUGCAGUUCACAAUAUCCUGCGUAUCCUUACCAGUCUCAUUCUGGUGGUAAACAAGAGGCAUUACCAUCAAACAGAGUUCCACCAGGUAAUCCUGUCCAACCGCCACUCGGUGCUUCGAGUAGUCCGAGACCACCCCAAGACUUUGAUCCAUCUCGAAUACGCACCAAAGGAGAACAGAAAUCAUUUGAUCCACGGAACGCUGAAAGUGGCAGUUCUGAUUGUAAGUCAGAGGCUCAGUCAAGCUAUCAACCAAACCUUCAAAAAAUAAAUAGUUUACAAACUGCAGAUGGUACCAAAGAUCAGGCUGGAAAUAAACCAAUUGCUGAAGGUCUCAAAGUCUCUAAUGUAGAAAGUGAUCUGAAAGGUCCAGUCAUAAGUAAAGAAGAAGCUAAAACUGAAGUAGUCCAGUCAGCCAGUAAACCCCUGGAACCAGGCAAGGCAGCUUUGGCUGUGAAACUUCAUAAGAAGCUUCAGCAUGCUGAAAGUAUGGAGUCAUUAGAGGCUAAAAAAGAAAAUAUUCCUGAAAACCUAGUUCCCAAAAAGGAAGAAAAAGAGGAAGAUGAAUGGGAUAAAGGUUUUGAUAAGCUCAUGGAGGAUUUGGCUGCUAACCCAGAUAGCGUCACUAGCAAAAAGUGCCGUAAUUUGGGAAGAAAAUACUUGCAUAAAGUGCAAAUACAAAAUGCCAUUGACAAUGAUCUUAUAGUGCCACCAACAGCUAUUAUUGAGGAGGAAGAAGACGAAAGUGAACCUGAAGCACCAGUCAAGUUCAGAGGAAAGUUCAAAAGUAUCAAAGACAAAAAGGUUGAGAGAUUGAUCCUCACGUAUGCUUCCCACUCAGAUGAGAGUGCUUUGGAUAUGAUUCCUGACGAAGAUGCUAGUGAUUUUGAGGAAGAGCUUAAGCGGGAAAUAAGGCUCAAGUCUAAGAAGCGGGGACGUGACAAAAAGAAAGUUGUAGGCGAUUCAAGCAGUGGUAGUGAAGUAGAAAAAACUGUGAGGAAAAGGAGUGGUGGCCGAGGCACAAAUAAAGAAAACAAACCAAAUAACAAACAAGAUUCUGAUUACUCCUUUAGCGACAGCAGUUCUUCAAGUGACAGCAGUGACAGUGAUAGCAGUGAUGAGUCUGAUUCUGAGGAUACAGAUUUAGAGGAAUUGGUUAGGCCUAGGAGGAAAGGGAAGAAGUCUGAUAAUGAGAGAAGGAAGAUAAGGAAAAAGUGGGAUAGUGAUAGCUCUGAUUCAGAAGAGGAAGUAUUACCUCAAAGGAGGUCAAGACGAGGUCAUAAAUAUUCCAGUGAUGAAGAUUCAUUUAAACCCUUCCAGAGAAACAAAAAGAGGAGAAAGAAGCAAGAGUCUAGUGACUCUGAUGAAAUUCUCGUAAAAACUCGGAGAAGAAAGCGAAAAUCAGAGUCUGAGGAAGAAGAUGAAGUAAUUACUAGAAGGGGCAAGAAAAAGGGAUCUUUAAAUAAGAAACUGAAGAAAACCCCAAAGGAUGAGUCUGAUGAUGAUAGUGAAAGAGAAACUCCUAGAAAAACGAGAGGUAUGAAAAAGAAAAUUCAAGAAUUAAAGAAAGGUAAAAGAAGAAAGCCGAUCACAACUGUCAGUUCAGAUUCUGAAGAAAUCACUGAGAAAAAAGACAAGAAAAUAGAUGGUAGAAAAAAGCUUGGUAAACUUAAGCCCAAGUCCAUUGAAGAAGAUUCAAGUGAAGACUCUGACAUUCCAACAAAGAAAAAGAGUAGCCCUAAAUCUAAUGUAAUUGUUGAUAGUGAUGAAAGUGAUUCCAGUUCUAGAAAAGAUACUGCAAAGCCCAAAACUAGUGACAAAAAGGAACUUUCAAAUGAGGAGCCAGCUGUAGAUGAGGAAAAGGAAGAAUCAGUGAAAAGAGAUGACAAUGAAGGAGCAGACGUACAGGAGGGUGAGGAAGAAAUUGGUGUCAUUGAUGAUGAUUAUGAUGAUGAUGCAAACAAAGAACCAGAUUCAGUGAUUGAAAAAUUGAAUAAGAUUAGAGAUGAAGAACUCAACAGGGAAGAUGUGCAAGAGAUGAAAGCAUGGUUAGGUGAAGUCAGAAAUGAAAUGGAAAAACAGCUAGGCAAACUUCAAGAUGUGACCUUCAGAAACAACUGGAAAAAACCUCAGUUUGGAGGAGGUGAAGAUUUCCUUCAUGGAUGGCAGAAUGAAGUAAAGAAAUAUAAAGAACAAACAGCAAGAUUUCCCAAGAAACUGUGUCAAGCUGCCAAGCAUCAAAGCACACCUACACCAUCAAAGAGCUCUCCUAGGAAAGCCAAAGAUCAGGAACAGGCAAAGGAAUCUCCAAAACGUGGUUCCUUAUUGUCAUCAUCAUCAUCAUCUCCUGCUAAGAAUACUCGUAGCAAGUCAGGCAUUAUAAAGACAAGUAUGGCUCUUGCUGAGGACACAAGACUAAAAGUAGCAGCACGGCCUGAAAUUAGUAGUGUAAUGCAGAGGUUCUUUGAGAAGGUGUUAGCCGAGACAGGUAAUGACAGUGCAAAGGAGGAAGGUUCUUGUAGGAAGUUUACACUUGGACCUUUUCCAGCUUAUGGUGCUCAACGAGUACCCACAGGCCUCACUCCAACUCCAUCUGUUGCUCCUUCUAUGUUGGCAAGUGAUGAUUCAGACUUGGAUUCCUUAGCAAGUCUUCGUAUGGAUCUCCCAGCUUCUGACAGUGUAACAGUUUCCAAGAGGUCAAUUGCCAACAGCUUACUAAAGAAAAUUGGCCGUAAGUACAAUGAUAAAAAGCUUAAUGCAUUAUGCCUCAAUAAAACUAGAAAUAUACUAGAAGUUACCAAUAAACCUCAACUUUUGCCUACACCUGGAAUUCCUACAUCUGAGAAGGAUCUGGAAGAAAUGUCCCCAGAUCAGCUGAGAAUGGCAACAUUCUUUAGGAAAGAAACUGUGGAUAAUUACAGACGAAACUUUGAAGGCAUUGUUAUAAAGAAUGGCAUUAAUGAAUUCACUCCCAUUCUUUAGUCCCGGACAAGGAAUAAAACUAAGCAAAUCCAGGAUGCCGCUACUGUUAAAUCUGUAUUUGGUCAGGAUAUUCCUCCUCAUAUUUUGAAGAAAAAUGAGGGAAAGAAAGGUAAGAAAGUCAUCAAAAAGGGAGAGAAAGAUAAAAAGGAGGAACCCAAAAAGGAGGAAAGUCGCGCUAGUACUCCUGGUGGGUCGGUAUUGGCUGCUGGAGAAGAGGAUGAAGAUUCAGAGUUGCGCAGUGAACGUUCAGAGUCUGUAUUAGGAGAGUCUUCUGUUUCUCAUGUUCCCAAGAGAGUUCGAAGAAAGUUCAGAAAGUUUAGAAGUGGGUUUGAUUAUAUUCGCAAGAAAAAGAAAGCCAAGGCUGAUGACGAGGCUGCGCCUUCACGAAAACGAUUUCCUGUCCGUAAACAUGUCAAUUGGCCUGAGCAAAGUCGUGAUGUUGCUUCUGAGGUCCGAGCAUGGGUUGUCAACAAGGGGCUUGGAGAAACCGUCCUGCAUAAGGCAGCCAGACUUCAGUACCAUGAUGUUGUGGUUUACUGUGCAGAAAGUCCUGAUUUUGAUAUCAAUGUACGUGAUAAUGCAGGUUACACCCCACUUCAUGAAGCCUGCAACCGGGGACACUUGGAUAUAGCACAGGUACUCUGUGCACAUGGUGCUCAUGUCAAUGCUCCAGGAUAUAAAGGAAUGCGCCCACUUCAUGAAGCUGUUGAAAAUGGGCACGGAGAAUUAGCUCGUCUCCUACUUGCUUAUGGUGCUGAUCCCACACUCACUACUUAUGCUGGUCAAACUUGCCUUGCUCUGUCAGCGGACAUCCAAACCACUCGGCUUGUUGAAGGAUUCAUGGCUGAUUUGAAGGGUCAACGCAUUGUUGAUCUGUGGUAUUUUGCUGGUCCUGCCAGGUUUUUUGAUCCUGAAGAACAAGGCUGUGAUAUAUUUGGAAGUAUACCUGGAAGCAAAAUUUUGCAGUGGAGGAAAAACAAUGAAACCAUCCAAGAAAGUGAUAAAAAGUUAGAGGAUCAAGUUUUGUUGGAAAAUUCUUCAGUUGAUGGAAGUGAAAAAUGUCAAAAUCCAUUUGAUAAUCUGGAUGACAAAGACAGUUCUUUACAAAAACCAGUCCAACUAGAGGGUGUAUCAAAUGAGCCAAAUAGUUCCUUAAAACAAAAGCCCCUGGAUCCAAAAGUGCAAGAGAAAGAGAAGUGUGAGGCAGAGUGUUCUAUAAAGGAAUCAGAAAGUGUAACUGAAAGUGAAUUGGCAAAGGAAUGUGAAGUUAAGCCAGAUGAAAUAAACAAUUUAGUGAAGAAGGAAGAAGUGAGUGACAAUAAAACCAGUGCUGAUGCCAGUACAAGUCAGGAAGUGGAGUUAGAUUCAGAAAGUGAUACUGAAACGAAAGGACUUGUGUUUGAAACCUGUGAAUUAGAAAUGUUAGAUUUGUUUGAGGUUCAAGGGCGACCCCACAAAUACUUCCUCUUGCUAGAUAUCCUAGGACACCUGAAGAUGUCUUACAAAGAAUUUAUAUUAUCAGCAAAGACUGUUGAAACCUUAGAAUUGAGUACUGAGGAGUUUUAUAAUAAGGCAAGCUGCUGUAUUGUGGGAUCGAUUCGCCCUGAUAUUGUUGAAAACUGCUCUCGUGUUGUGCUAGUUCGAGUUACCCCAACCAUUGAAGAACUUUUAGGCAUUGAAACUGUCAUACUUUAGAGAAAUUUUAUAAAGAUAUUUAAUAUAGAAUCAUGUUGAUGAUUUUCAUUUAUAAUGCUUAUAUUAAGCAGAAGAGAGUGGAUCUAUUAAUGUGAUCAACAUUUGGCCAAGCCAGGAAGCGAGGGAGUCCAGAUUUUUUAUACUUUACUGUUUUGCUGACAUUUGAUGUUCUGUAUAAACCCAAUGCUAGGGGUAGUCCAUAACUACCUAUUAUUACAAGAAUGUUAUUUUAUAGGUUUCAGGGGUAAGAGGAUGCCAAAUACUUUAUACGAGUCAUGAGAGAAUAUUGGGUAUAGCAGAGAUAACUUCCUCUGUGAUAAGGUUUAUCAAAGAUAUAGUAAACUGUGAUAAGUCUCAUAAAAAGCCCAAAAAGUGAUAUAUAAAUAUAUAUAUACAGUAUAUAGACAACUACUAGAAAAUCUUCCAUUAACUGAAGAUUUAAACCAGCAAUUGAUGUAUUUAUUGGGCUGAAGAGACAAAAUAGGUUUUAUUGACGGGUUUUUCAUAAGCAUUGAUUUUAUGGUAGCUUAAAAUAAUGCUUGACUUCUUAUGCUGUAAUCAGAGUCUAAUGGUUUUAAAAAAUUUUUGUCUUCUUAGUACAGGUUUAUCUAGAAUUUAGAUGAAUGUCUGAUGUAUCAACAUCCAAUUUACCGUCGCAUUCGUAGGAUGGGACUAGGCUGUUCGAGGGAGAUUUUUUAUUUAGGAAUUCUGUGCAAUGAUUUGCUGCAAUCAACUAGAGUUUUACAUUCACAUCUCAAAGAAAUUUAUUUGAGAUUAAAUUGUACAAAUGAAUUGUAAGUGUACUGUAUUGUAUAUAAAGUUUUAAUGUUAGCUUUUCAGCAGUCAUUGAGCAGAAGUUUUGACCAGAUUAAAAGUUCAUAAAUGUUUUAAAUGACUGUUGAUUAAUACCAUUGUACAGUAAUGCAGUCGCAGCAACACAGGUACUUUUAACCUGCUUGUCCUGUGUGAGUGUGUAUGCGUGUGUAUCUUUGUAAAUGAAGUCUUGUGCAAUUAACUUAAAUAUAUUUUCUAUGUAUUGUAUUGCCAUGUAAAUAUAUAUUCAGAGGUAUAA